AUGGAUUGGCCAGACAAAUUCCUGUUAACGAACCAGUUGGUGGAGGCGGUGGCAGUUCCUCCAUGCUGGAAGAAGCUCCGACUGGUAUAUGCUGAUUCUUUCCUUCCCUUGCCCAAUUAUGUGUGCAAUUUGUUCAGGAAGCCAGCAAAGGGAAAGAACAUCAGGAAACGAACCUCCACUGAAGAAGGAGACGGUGAACGUGAGGAAGAAGAAUCCACAAUUGUCAUCAACAAGAAGAAGCAAGUGGCUUCGGACAACAAGCUCCGUUUCUCAAGCGGAUCGGCUAAGACCUCGAAAGAAUCUGAGGUGGAUAAACCCAAAGCCACGGUCUUCAAAUACCAGUCGUCCAGAGAAAUCCAGGUCCACAACGAUAACCGGGCCACGGCCACCCUGGAAACUGAGACCGAGUUCUCUAGAGAUGCACAUGCCAUCAGAGAGAGAGUCCUUAAGCAAGCCGAGGAGGCUCUCAAGGGUAAAAACAAAGCUGACGGGUCAGAAAAGAUAUAUAAGGGCAUGCAUGGGUACACUGACUACAAGGCUGGGUUCAGGAGAGAGCACACGGUUGCUAGUGAGAAGGCCAGUGGGGCCAUGGGCCCCUUAGGGCCUCGGCCCACAUAA